GAAACGAUUGGGCGGAUAUGAAGCUGGAAAAACACAAUCAGUCCUGGAGUGUAUUAGGCUGGAGAUUUGUGGCCUACUUGAAGGAUUACUGUCAAAAUUGUAGUCUGGCAGGCUUUGCCUAUAUUGCCAAUCAUAAUUUGCAUUUCACGGAGCGAAUUUUUUGGCUACUGUGCAUAAUUGCAUCGACCGUAGGUGUUUAUAAUCUGAUCAGUCAAUAUCAGCGCGACUUCACCUCGCGUGCUGUCAGCAUCGUCCCCGAGAGUCUAUCGCCUUUUGCGAUGCUCAAAUUUCCAUCGAUCACUGUUUGCGAAAUGCACUUUCGCACGGAUUUUCCGCAAAAUGUGGAAGACUAUGUCCAGAGCUUGGGUACAGACUUGAAUGGGCCCUACAACUAUGAUUUGGAGAAUUAUGUGUCCUUCAUAUUGUUUCCAUAUCUGUAUUCCGUUAACAUGGUUUCGCGCUGCGAACGAUUCGAAAAUUGUGAAGAAUGCGCCAAGUGCCCCAAGAACGAUUAUCGACAGAUUGCCACAAGGUUUGGUUUUAAUUGCUCGGAUCUGUUUAUCAGUUGCAAAUUGUCGGAUAACACCUUUGACUGCUGCAACUUCUUUCUGCCGAUGAUCACACCGUUCGGGCGCUGUUUUCUGCUCAACUCGCUGCAGAACAACGAGCCCGAAUCGAAGCAUUGGCUGCCGGCCAUUUUGGAUCGGGGUAGCCGACCGGAAAUAAAACUGCAUCUGACACGCGGCGCUAAGAUUAGCGUACUCAAUGAGGAGGAUGUCACGACCGCGCAGCUGCCAACGGUGGAUGUCAGUGUGCUGGAGGGACAGCAUAAGACACUGCAGUUUCACAAGGAGGCCAUGGUGAAUGAUCCUAAUAUGAAGGAUAUUCCAGUGGCCGCCCGUGAUUGCUACUUUCCCGAUGAGGUUAUGCCCUGGAGCAUGUACAAGGCGUACAGUUUUAGUGCCUGCAUCAGCGACUGCGCCAGACUGUAUCAAUAUGAGCUGUGCAACUGCUCUACCUACAAUUUCACACCAUUCAAGGAUGAACGCUAUCCCGACUGUGACUUGAAGGGGUACUUGUGUCUGGAGAAGGUUAGCAUGGUCAAGGAGGAUGUCAAAAGACUGUUUCGCAUUAGUUCACCGAAACUGCAUUGCCAUUGCCUGCCCUCCUGCACGGAGGGCGACUUGAAAGCCAUCUAUGAAGAUCUAACCAGCACAAUUGCCAAUGUCAGGGAUACCAAUGUAACAAUUAUGAUGCCAGUGUGGCCCACGGAUCAAUAUCGCCGUCAGGUGCUUCGCACCAAACUGGAUGUCGUUGUCUCCAUUGGUGGCAUACUGGGCCUCUUUCUUGGCGCCAGCAUCCUGAGCGCCAUCGAGUUUGUCUACUACUUUACAAUGCGUGCUGCCAAAAGUGCGCUGAUGGCACGCAAGAAAUUGGUUAAGACAAAUGCUUAAUUGGCCGUCUGCCAAGCAGAUGCAGAAGCAUUAUAAUCGUUGUAGACGCCUUUAAAAUUGAUUUACUAUUUAAAGGAAUAUUUUUUUGCGGAAAGUGAGCUUUUUUUAGAAUCAGUGUUUUAUCAUAUAUAUAUAUAUAUAUAUAAAAUAGCCUGAACGGUGACUAACGCACUGCCCAAGCCGUAAGAGCUUCAAAGCUGAAAAUUGGAUUGAAGCUUCCUCUUCACACGCAAGUGAGGGAAAUGGUGGUCUAAGAUUUUGUGACAAACAUCAUAAGCAACCCACUGUGUGAAUUUGGUGUCUGAGCUGUCUAGUAUGCGA